AAUUAAUACACAUUUUUUUGUUUUUUGUUCCCUUGUGUAAGGGGUCUCUCUCUCUCCCUCAUCCAACACCACCGGAUAUACACUACACCGAUUGUGAAACCCCUGGACGAAGACAAUAGAAAGCCAUUUACAUUUAAGCUACACAGAGGCACCACGCUGAGCCAAGCAGCAAGGGACGCCAUUUUCCAAUGAUUAAACCACUUCACUCGUCAUUAACAUUGGAGAUAAAUCUCCAAAGUUUUCAUUCUUUUUUAAAUUUCAAAAUGUUUCAAAAAAGAGCUAGCCUUCUCCACCCAAAAAACCAAGAACAAUUAAACCCCAGUGUCAAGCCCAUAUCGAAGCAGCAGCAGCAAACUCAACCAAAUUUCCUCCCCCGAAAAGUGUUCGAAAAAGCCAAGUCGCUCGUGGAAAAAAAAGUAUUGGUAAAGGGCGGGCUGAAGUUGAACUAGGCGACAACCUGAUUGGUGGAGCCGGUGGUCACGUGAGUUGGUCAUCACUUGGCGCGCGCAAAGAGUAACGUGUACACACACACACUGGAAACCAGAGGGGGGAAAGAAAAUAAAAAGGAAGAAGGUCCCCCUUUCGGAUGAGAGCGCGGCGGCGGCGACUCACGCGGCGGAGGGCGGGGGGAAGUCGCAAAGCGAACCCCCUAUAGCGCAAGGCAAAAAGGGGGCUGUGGCCAUAGGAGAAUAGAGCAAAAGCUUUUGCUUGCGCUCAUAGCGAAAAAAUAAAAAAGAGGAAAAAAACAAAUGGGCGAGAGUAUAGAGGAGGAAGAAGAAGUGAGGGGGGAGAGAAUGUUAUAAAAUAAAAAUAAAAGAGCCACCACCACUAGUACUAGUACUAGCACGCAAUGAGCAAAAGAGCGCGCGCCCCAAUAGCCGCACUAACUUCUAACUCAGCCAGCCCCAGCCGAGGGAAGGAAAAUAUGAGCUCUAACCUGCACAGUUGAGACGCCAGUAGCGUGAAACGGCCUCGCAUGUGCAAGGCGGCGAUCAGAGGAGCUCUCUCUCUCUCUCUUUCCUAUCUAUCGCCUCCUCGUCUUCUCUUCAUUCCCGAGCUGAGCUCCGGCCUGUUCGCUCUCAUAGUGAAAAGUCUCUCAUUUUUCUACAGACAACACAUUUUUUUCUCUUCAAUUUCGUGAUUUAAAAAAGUUUUUCAGUGCUCGCAAAUACCCGACUGAAUUGACAGAAAGGAACAGUGUGCAUGGUCGUUGACCAUCAUCAUCAUCGUCAACAUCGUCCAAGAUUACAAGUGACUUCAACAACAAAUGACACGGGAGUUUGUCUUAUCUCCGAUAUCGCCCAAGUCUCGGUAGUCCCGCGUGAGUGUGUGUGUGAGUGUACGUGUGUUAACGCCAUCGCAGUGGAAGGAACACCUUAAAAAAGAAAAAAUUCAAGACAACGAAAAACAUCAACUAGAAGAGUAAAAUAACAACAAAGAAUUUUAACUAUCUCAAAUCAGAUUGCAGUAAUCUUCUAUUUUGAAUCGAUUCAAAAACUGUUUGAUUGCGUCAAUAGAUUUUUGCUUUAAGUCCUUGGAACCAGCACCAAAAUCCCAUAGAUAUUUUAUAGGAAAAAACAAACAAACAAAAACCAAAUUAAAAUUUUGAUGAUCCCUGAAAUCCCGAAUAUUCUCAUUCAAAAGUGACAGUUGCAUCAUUAUUUCGGGUGGGGUGGCCCUUCGGACUUGUUUACAUUCAAAGAGACACACAGUGUGUGAGUGCGAGGUGGGAAAAUGAGUUCGUACUACGUGUCGUCGUACGGCGGCGGAGGGAUCGGCGGGAGCGAUGUGGUUCAAGCCGACCACUACCACGCUCCGGCACCUGUUCACGUCAGCGUGGCAACGGGACACAACAACAGCGGAGGUGGCGGAGUCCACCAUGCUCACCCCGGCAUGACGGGCAGCUUCGAGUCGGGCCCUUACGAUCCGUCUAGAAUCUACCACAUCCAGCCGCAACACCACAAUCAGCAGCAGCAGCAACAGCAGCAGCAACAACAGCAACAUCAUCACCAGCACCAGCAAAUGGGUUGCAAUCAAAACUACAGCCAGCAAGGAGCCUACCCCGGACGCUAUCCGCCCGCAUCCGCCUACGCGAUCCAUCAGCAGCAACAGCAGCAACAACAUCAGCACGGCAAAGCUGCAGAAGCGGGCGGUUACUUCGCAUCUGUUGGGCAACAGCAACAACAACAGCAGCAGCAACACAUUCGUUCUCAUCAACAGCCGGUUGUCAUUGGUCAACCGGAAGCCAGCGGGGUCGUAGUAACGACACAGCAGCAGCAGCAGCAACAACAACAGCAACAACACCUCUACCGGCCGGCUUCGCCAAUGAUCAGCGCCAUGGCCCCCCAACACGGGUCACCUCCGCUGGGCAACUACACCGGCGGAGUUGUUGUGGGUCAAAUCACCAAACCUUUGGUGGUCCCGUGCCAAGUGGAGACGUCGUCCUCGUCGUCGACCAGUCCGCAAUUAUCGUCGAUAUCUUACGGCCAUCCAACAUCUUUUCAAGCGCAACAUCACCGCCAGAUAGUCGCGGGUGUCGCUGGGCAACAACAACAACAACAACAACACCUCCUGAGCCAUCAGCAGUACCUAAUCCAGCAGCAACAGCAUUCCAUCGUGCAGCAGCAGCAGAGUGAACACCCAGUGGCGAGCUACAACAACAUCAAUGCGUCGGUUGUCGAGGGCUACCAACAACAUCCGGCCGUGGCCGAAAUGGCCGGCUACCAGCAGCAGCCCAACCACUCGCCACCACUCAUGUACAACAGCAACAACAACAGCCGAUGUGCUAGCAAUGGGCAAAUGAGCAACAACAAUGCCAACAACAAUUACAACGGCCAGCAGGUGUGCGGGCACGGACCAAUGGCUUCGUCGGCCGUGUCAGUGUCGGACGGUCCGGUCAUAGCCGAUCUCGAUCAGCUGCAACAACAGCAGCGACAGCAGCAGCAACAACAACAGCAUUGCGCCGUUAACGGUAAAACGUUGCAUCCGGUGUCACUGGGCAGCGGAGCGGACAUCAGCCAACAACAACCCAACCAGCUCCUCCUUCACUCCGCCAUCCAGCAACAACAAGCCGUUGAAUCGGAUCAGCAACCACCUCAGUCACAACAACAACAACAAUCCGCACAACGCCACGCACAACAACUUCUCGUGCCUGUCGGCGGCGGCGGCCUGGUGAUAGCCGGCGGUGGUCCGGUCGUGUCCUCCGCUCAAGAAAUGACGGGCCAGCCGGACGAGAUGGUCCAGCACGGCGGCGACCUUCACGGAGACCUCCACGGCGCUCACGGCGACGUCAUGAUGGAUCACCACCACCACCUGACCAUCGACCUCCACCAGGAGCACAGUCCGCUAGAUGGCAGCGACCAUCUCCCGCUGGACAUGGACGGCGAAUCGCCGCCCGGCUCACUCCACGACAGUCCCCUCUACCCGUGGAUGCGCAGCCAAUUCGCCGAGCGCAAGAGAGGCCGACAGACGUACACGCGUUUCCAGACGCUGGAACUGGAGAAGGAAUUUCACUUCAAUCGCUACUUGACGAGGCGAAGGCGGAUCGAGAUCGCCCACGCCCUAUGCCUGACGGAACGCCAAAUCAAAAUCUGGUUCCAGAAUCGGCGGAUGAAAUGGAAAAAGGAGAACAAAGCCAAACUGGAUGCCGGAUGUCUGGAAGGACUAUUGGUCGAGCACGUCCUGUCCAUGCCGCAGUAAAAACCAAACAGUUAAAAGAAAAACAAUCUACUACCAACUCUGUCCAGAAGAGGCUUUGGCGUAUUUUUUGAAAAACAAAAAUAAUUUCUAGGCCAAAAAAGGAAAAUUUCUUUAAGGUCUUUUUUUUUAAAUUCAACCUUUGACCCACCUCCUCGGAAGAACCUUUUAUACAGUAAAAAAAAGAAACUUUUUCUUGUGUAACGAAGCCGACGGGAAAAACCAAAAUAACGUCGACUUUGGGGCGCAGGAAAAAUGGCAACAGAAAUACGUAAAAGAAAAAAAAAAUGAUAUACAUCAAUCCAGUCCUAUAGAUAAUGAUACGUCUCUCUAUUUCUCUUUCUUUCUUCUAUUUCAAUUUGAUUUUUUUGGGUUGAACUUUUCUUUUGUUUUGUUUCUGUUCGUGGCCGUUGCGUUACAAUUUUUGUUCUUUUGAUCUAUCUACAUAGGCCUCCUUUAUUAAGUGUAUUUGGCUACGAAUAUAUAUAUGCACGAUAUUUCGAUCGUCUUUCUCUCUUUCUCUCUCUCUUAAUGUAAUUUUUGAUUUUUUAUCGCAAAACAAAAUGGAGAAAAUGAAUCGAGAAAUGAUGGAAGGAAAAAUGAAAUUCCGUUCGUCAAAAAAAUGUGUUUCUCAUCUUCUUCUUCUAUGAUGUGAAUGUGUCCGUGUGUGCCCACAUUCUCCCGUGUAUGAGGGCGCGCCGUCUUGAUUGAUCCCAGACGAUUUGUCCGUCAAAAAAACAGAAAGAAGAAUGAAAAAAAACAAAAAAAAAGUUGUCACCAUUUUCUCUCUCGUCAUCAGUCUCUCACACGUUCCUCGGGUCUCUACUCCUUUUUUCUUCUUCUUCUUUUUUUGCCUGGGCGCUGCUGUGGGCGUCUUAUCGCUGCGGGAACACGCGCCAGAGCUAUCCCCACCCACCGCCACCACGAAAAGUAUACGAUUUCUUUCUUUCUCAUCUAUUCAUCAAAAACACAAAAUUUUGUUUUCUGUCUCUCAAUUUGGGUUUGCAUAUAAUAAUCAUUCUUGUCUCCACCCCACCCCACCCCCUUUGUUCCCUGUCAAAGAAAGAAGAAGAAAAAAUUCGACAGAGAAAAACAAAAAAGAUUAUGACGAGUGAUUGCGUUUAUAUUCUCGUGUAUGUUGUCAUUCGUAUAGCAUAAUAAUAAUAAUUAAUAACUAUUCGAUAUUCGUUUGUUUGUGAACUUGCCAGCAUUUGUGUUUUUGUUUUCUUGUAAAGAGAGAAAUGAGGAAGAAAUUCAGUGAAAAUUUUACAAAAAUUAAAUACGUAAAACAAACAACAAACUUUUUAGAAAACGCAAUUUUUUUGUCUCUCUCUCUCUCCCCGUCACCAGUGCGUCUCUCUAUUUUGUCUGCUCUAUACAUAUAUAUAUUAUACAUAUAAAAAUAAAGCGUAAAACCCACUCGUGGCAGCUGGACUGAAUGUGUAACACAUUGGACGCACUAACCCUCCCCCGCAAAAAGACAACACCGCCAUUCAUUUUCUUGUCUUCAAAUGAUUCAAAAGAAAAACAAAUUCGAGGAAAACUCAAAAGACACCAAAUGAUCCGGACUACCUCAUCCGAACGUCGCCCAACAGCAAACAGUUUGACGGAAGAAGUUUAAAUUUAAAAAAAAAAAAUAAAGAUUGAACGAGUCGUGUGUACAGUUGAUGGCUAAUUCUUGUUCGUCCCUUCCGUUUCACGUGUACAACUCAAAUCUCUUUUCCCCCUCUCCUGAGUCUUCUCGCUGUAGUAUAAUUCACACAUCGUCUGCAAUCAAAGCGUGUGAACUCACCUUAUACAUCCCUCUGUCUGUCUGUCCCCUUUGUGCAACGCUAUCUACCCACGCAACAGCAACCUAUCACUGCAAUCGCCUCUCUCAAAAAAAGGAUAAAUGAACAAAAAAAAAACCAACCCAACCACACCUUGAUGAUCCUCCUCUCUCGUAUUGUAUAGAUGAUGGCGCAAUAAGUCUUGUGUGUUUGUGUAUGAGUGAAUGUGUCGUGGAUAUUAUAUACUGAAUCUGA